UUCUGUCCUUUGACUGUAACAGAAUGUUUCUCAUUUUUUCCCUUUUUCCUUACAAACUGCACUAUCCUGUAAGUGUGCAAUCCUGUUGUAGGGGGGUUAGUCUUUAGUGUUCUUCAUCAAUUAAUAAUGCACUUCGCUGGUAUCAAUUAGAGCUGCCCUUUUCUCUGCUUACAUAUAGCAGCCAUAUAGAUGUUAUAGAAGAGAGAUAUCUUGCCUUGUGAUUCUUUUAUUGACAUAACGUAUUUUACAUUUGAGCUGUUUUAAACUGCAUUUUCAAGGUCUCGUGUGGUAUUAGCGCUUAAAAAAAAAAACAAGUAGUUAAAAUAUACAAUUUGAUUUAAUUUAGAAUAGGGUUAAUAUAGUUAUAUAUAUAAUAUAAUCAAAUGUAACAUAAUAAAAUGUAAAAACUUUUUUUUUCACAUAGGGUCAUGAUGUUAAAAAAGAAAGUUGACGUCCACAUUAUGUCUCAUCUAUCCAGCUGGUCUAUUUUAAGUGCACUCAGUCCAGCAUAGCUGUUCAGUACAUUUAUAGAGUGAUUAAUAAUAUGCUUGCAUAUUGCAUGUUGCUAAAUGUAUACAAACUGUGUAAUUCAAAUGGGUACAUGUAAUAGUGGUUAAAGCAAAAUAGAUAGUUUUCUUUAAAAGCAGAGCUUCCUACACGGACAGUGUCUGGCUUGGCAAAGGGAACGUCUCUGGGCAGAGGGGAUUCCAGGCAGACAGGGAGUUGGCACAUCACUAGGGCUUGAGCCAGGAGACUGCUGUUCCAUGCAUAUGUUAGUGGAGCUGUAACACCUGGCAGGUGAUAGGCAGCAGAACCCAAGUCUCCAUUUUUCCAGGGUCCCCGAGGACUGCUAGAGUGAUUUUGUACAGAGAAUCGUCCAUCUGUCUCUGAUUGCCUCUUUUUAUCUUAGUGAGUCUCCUUUCAUUGUUUGUUUGUUUCUUCCUUUCUUUUUUCUGUCGCAGCUUAAUAUGCAGAAAUGAUUAUAACUAAGCCUUCUGGGCUUGAUUUCCCAUAUGACUGUGAACAAUUGCAGACGAAUGUUGCACACAAAAAAACACUGUACCUUUAAGAUGUCUUUAAUGGUGUCUCUUUCAAUCCUCUCACUAGUUUUUUAUUCUCCCCUUUCCUUAUCUGUCCACUUAUGUUUACCAAACUACUUCUUAUUUGUGUGAAACAGGUUAGUUUUCCAGCUAGGAUCUGUGUGUGUGUGUGUGUGUGUGUGUGUGUGUGUUUGGCUGCUUCAUUUGUCAUUUCAAAAACACAGGAGAGUCCAUUACCCAGAAGCCCUUGCUUCACUCUGCCCACAGUGUUGUGACAUGUAAACAGCAGCAAAAGGCCGAAUAAACGACUACACGCAGUGAAUGGCACUCUUAGCUCACAUUCCAGUUCACUAACCUUCAACUGGCAGCAGGAAAACAGCCCAGGGAAAGAGAAUCUGGAUCCCUGAUCACAUACACAUAGAGUAUCAGACUGGUGCUCAAAGACAGAGGGUGACAGAGGACAGUCUCCUCUUACUCUUUAUUUUCCUCUCUUCACUACUUCCUCUGCCAUUACUUCCUGUCACUCUCAGAUUUUUCCCCGGCGUUUCUUUCCCUCUGAUCAGAUGCCACUGAGUACAGUCGUGCUCAGAACUGUAGUGUAUUAAUGUUGCGUCCAGAGAGAGCCUGAAGAUGGAGCCGCUGGCAGAUGUUGCCAUGCUUCCAGGAGAAGAGAGAGUGAUCGAUAAAGACAUCAUCUACAUCUGCCCUUUUAAUGCUGCAGUCAAAGGAAAGGUGUUCAUCACCAACUACAGACUUUACUUCAAAAAUACUGACUCGGAGACACCAGUUACCCUGGACGUGCCAUUAGGUGUCAUAAGCCGUGUAGAGAAGAUGGGCGGAGCCUCCAGUCGAGGAGAGAACUCCUACGGGCUUGAAAUCAUCUGCAAGGACAUGAGGAACCUGCGAUUUGCUCUGAAGCAAGAAGGCCACAGUCGAAGAGACAUCUUUGAGAUUAUUUUCAAAUAUGCUUUCCCACUGUCUCAUGGAAUGCAACUCUUUGCCUUUCUGAGCCAGGAGAAGUAUGAGGAGAAUGGCUGGAACGUUUAUGAGCCCAUGGAAGAGUACAGGAGGCAGGUUCUACCUAAUAGCGAGUGGAGGGUCACUUUCAUCAAUAAGAACUACGAGCUGUGUGACACCUAUCCCACAAUUCUUGUUGUUCCAUUCAAGGCCACAGAUGAAGAUCUUAGAAGAGUUGCUGCCUUCCGCUCCCGCUGCCGCAUCCCGGUGUUGUCGUGGUUCCAUAAAGAGAACCAUGCUGUGAUCACGCGGUGUAGCCAGCCGUUGGUGGGAAUGAGCGGCAAGCGCAACAAAGAUGAUGAACGUUAUUUGGACCUAAUCCGUGAGGCCAAUGGGACUACCAAACUCACUAUCUAUGAUGCCAGGCCUAAUGUCAAUGCAGUGGCAAACAAGGCCACAGGAGGGGGUUACGAGGGCGAUGAUGCAUAUCAGAAUGCUGAGCUGGUCUUUCUGGACAUCCAUAAUAUCCAUGUCAUGAGGGAGUCCCUGAAGAAGUUAAAGGACAUUGUCUACCCCAAUGUGGAGGAGUCUCAUUGGCUCUCCAGCCUGGAGUCCACUCACUGGCUAGAGCAUAUUAAGCUGGUGCUAUCAGGGGCCAUCCAGGUGGCCGAUAAGGUGUCUUCUGGGAGCUCUGUGGUGGUGCACUGCAGUGACGGCUGGGACCGCACAGCUCAGCUCACCUCUCUGGCCAUGUUGAUGCUGGACUCAUACUACAGGACUCUCAGGGGCUUCCAGGUGCUGCUGGAGAAGGAAUGGAUCAGCUUCGGACACAAGUUCGCUUCAAGAAUCGGCCAUGGAGACAAAAACCAUGCAGAUCAAGACAGAUCACCUAUCUUUUUGCAGUUUAUUGACUGUGUGUGGCAAAUGACUAAACAGUUCCCAACAGCGUUUGAGUUUAAUGAACGUCUCCUGGUGGUAAUCUUGGAUCACCUGUACAGCUGCCGCUUUGGCACUUUCCUCUACAACUGUGAGAGUGCCCGUGACAGCAAUAACGUUCGGGGGAAGACGGUGUCUCUGUGGUCUUUUGUCAACAGUGACACAUCCUUAUAUAUAAACCCCUUCUACACUCCAGAAUCCAGUCGUGUGCUUUACCCUGUUGCCAGCAUGCGCCACCUAGAGCUUUGGGUGACUUAUUACAUCAGGUGGAACCCUCGCAUACUACACCAGCAACAGAGUCCAGUGGAGCAGCGCUACAAGGAGCUACUGGCGUUGAGGGAUCAGUACCUGAAGAAACUGGAGGAACUGCAGCUCUCGGACUCCACCCACUUGACAAACAGCUCCACCCCCAAUACGGCCACGCCCAAUCAGCACAUCACACACUUACAGACACCGUUUUGAUCCCACUCGCGAGUUGUUACAGACAUUGGACAUUUGUACAUAGCAAUAGUGAUUAUUAUGGUAACACAAUUAGUAGUGAUGUCGGCGAUAAUGAGUAACAAAACAAUUAUGCAAUAAACCACAGUACAGCCUUCAUCGUGCAAAAACGUCAAACGAAAAGAGAAGCCUUAAAGUGACAGUGCGGGUUUUUUCAUGCCACAUACCAUGGACGAAAGUGAGUCAGAUUACGUGUGUGUAUCCCAGACGCAACUUGGAUACUGCUUGUGACGAUUGAACGCAAUCAAGUCUGACGGACGUAUGUGAUUUAUGUGUUGCGUUAUGUGUGUUCUAAAGUGUAGAUCUGAGUGAAGAACAUUUUUGAAUGUUGAGCACCAGUAAGAUGGCAUGUAACUGGUGUUUAGAGAGUGCUGGUCUUGUAAACCGUAGUCUGCAUGGUGUCCAGUCAAUCCAGUAUCAAGCAGGGUCCUCAACCUUUGGGUAGAGAUUGCAUUUCAUUAGUACACUUGGUUUAACUGCUUGGCAAACUCAAAUGGCUGACCUCAGAAGGUAAAGGAAGCAGAAAUGUUGUCUAAAUGUCUUACUUUUUCCUCUGUAUGAUAUGGUAGGAAAAUGUUCUGAAGCAAUUAACAUUAGCUUGUUGAACAGACCCAGGGUUUUUUUUAAGCGAGCGACGCGGAUACCUUUUCGGUGCCUUUACUCAUAUCUGAGGUUUUCAGGUGUAUAUGUAUAUUUUUUUUUAGAGAAACAUUGUUUUUUUUCUUUAUGGCAGCAUCAGUGGUAGAUUCAAAUGAUUUCCAUUCACUGUGCAUUUAAGCAACGGGUUGUUUCUUCUCCUGCUGAGGUCUGGAGUUGAACAAUUCGAAGCCCUCUAUGCUAGUGGCGUUUGGUUAUACCCUGUAAAACGAUGUGCCAUUGCCACGGAAAGCAAAUAUUUUGUUGUUGAUGGAGCUGACAGUAUUGCUUCCAAUGAGACGUAGCAGAGUCUGUGAAGACUUUAGGGUAGGACGGAGUGGCUGGGAUAUGAAGCGGUCUGAUUGAGCUGUUCCAAAUUCAGCCUUUUCCUGAGGAAGAGAGCUCUGACUGACACGGGGUGAAAGAGGGCGGCUACAGAGAGCCACUGCUCAUGCUGUCUCACAAAACUGAACUUCUAAAGACUUUGACCUCAAUGAGGAUAUGAAGUUUAAACCAUAGUGUGUGUGAAGAAGACAAACAAGUCCAAUAAACAAACACAUUUGCGGUUGGAUGUUUCUAGGGGGAAAAGACAUCUAUUUUUUAUUUUGUACAAGCACCAGAACUAUGUAAUUACCUCAAACAAAAACCUAUUUUACUGUUGAAAGUUCUAUUGUUGUAAAAUAGAAUGAUUUUAUUCAGUGUAAAAUUUGACAGUUUUAUAAAAAGGAAAGUAAUUAGAAAAUGUUUUGGUAAUUUGUUGGACAUCCUAUUAUAAGUAUAAUUUUUUUAAUGGGCAUUGGGGUUUUGCUUUGUAACAUUUUAAAGAUCUGAAAACGAUCUGAUUCUGUAGGGAAUUCUUUUGUUCUCAAUCCCAUUGGAUGAGAUUGAGUGAAGGAAAGCUGCACACUCUGAUUUUUUUUUCUUUUUUUCUGACAUUAGCUUAAGUUAGACUUAAUACUUUAGAGGGAUCUAUUUUUGUUUUGUAUUCCCACAUGUAUCCUUUAUUUGUUGGCCAGCUAUUGUUCUGUACAUAAUGCUGAUUAAAUUAAUUUAAAGAGUUCACAAGGAAAA